AUGUCUCAGGUCUUAAAAAAGAACCUUGCUUGUGCAUCUCUGCUACAGGGAAGUUUCCAUUGUUUCAUUGUUGCAGGAGGAUCUCCCCCACAACCAGUAGUCCCCACACAUAAGGAUAAGAGGGGUGCUCCACCAGUUCGAAGCAUAUAUGAUGAACUGUCUAGUCCUGGACUUGGAUCAACACCGCUGACCUCAAGAAGACCAGUAACUGCAGUCAUGGAGUUAUCUCCUGCUUAAUUUGUUACACAAUGCUCUUUCAAUUUGACAGCUUCAAGCAUGUUCAGUCCUAAAUGUAUUGGGCAACCUAGGAAGACUAAUCUCUCUCCUGCUCAGCUGGACCUUUUUUAUACUCAGGGUGAUUCCCUGACUUCAGAUGAUCAACUUGACGACACCUGGGUAACUGUAUUUGGAUUUCCUCAGGCAUCAGCUUCAUAUAUUCUUCUACAGUUUGCUCAGUAUGGAAAUAUAUUAAAGCAUGUGAUGUCCAACACAGGGAACUGGAUGCAUAUUCGAUACCAGUCUAAGCUUCAAGCCCGGAAAGCCUUAAGCAAAGAUGGAAGGAUUUUUGGUGAAUCCAUCAUGAUUGGUGUCAAGCCCUGCAUAGAUAAAGGUGUGAUGGAAAACUUUGAAAGGUCUGCACCCUCAACAUCUUCAGCUUCCAUUACGGACUAUCAGGUGGUUUCUGAUGGACAAAUUCCUCGAAGGGAUGAAAGCAUUAUAUCUAGAGCAGUGGAACUUGUGUUGAGCUGGUAA